UCCCUAAACUAAUUACGUGGCACCAAAACAAAACAAAACAAAUCAUGGCACAUAUCAUAUCAUCUCAAAAACAUUCCCACUUCCCCCCAACGCUCUCGUCCCCAAUAUAAUCACCCAAUCACCUCGCUCCCCCCCAACCUCCUCCUUUGUGUUUUAGUCUAACUUGACUUGCCCUUAGCUAUCGUGAACCUACCUCGUCGGUCCGCUUCCAAGAGCCCCCGAAGGUUUACGAUCAAGAGCUUUCCAACCAGCUCGACAUCACUGAGCGUGAAUAUCGUCGUCGUGUCACUCCGACCUACGACGUUUAUAACACCAACACUACCCAACGGCCUAGUGUAGAAUCCUACGAGCAACGCCAGCACACUACUGACGUCUCGUACGACCGUACUCCUUCCCGUUCCCAGGUCAACGUCUCGUACGACAAAGCUUAUCAAGCUCCCGUCCGCGACACGUACCCCGGCUCCUCUGUUGGCCAGUCUCAACUCGCUGUCGAACCAGUCAACCCUCCUUCGUCGAAGGUCAAGGUUCUUAGCACUACUACUGUAGUUGAUCAUCCCCCAGCUCGCAAGAUGGGAUACUACGACGACGACGGUAACUACCACUCCUUCCGUCGUGGUGUGGAACGCGCUGCCGACCGCAUCAUGCACCCUUUCCACCACCAUGAUCACCAUCAUGAUCAUGGCCAUCAUCACCAUGACCGUCAAGAUACCGUCGUUGCUGACGAUCGCGGUCCAGUUCGUAUCCGUGAGGGUGUCCGUGAGGAUGUUCGCAUCGUUGAACCACGCAGCGGUGGCGGUCGCAACAACGCUGACACUGUGCCCAUUCCCUGCCACUUCAUCCGCAUUGGCGACAUCCUGAUCCUCCAGGGCCGCCCCUGCCAGGUCAUCCGUAUCUCCGUGUCGCCCCAGACCGGCCAGCACCGCUACCUUGGUGUCGACCUCUUCACCCGUCAACUGCAAGAAGAGUCCAGCUUCAUCUCCAACCCCUCCCCCUCGGUUGUCGUCCAGACCAUGCUGGGUCCUGUCUACAAGACCUACCGCAUCCUGGAUCUCCGUGACGGUGAGAUUGUCGCCAUGACCGAGACUGGUGACGUCAAGCAGGGUAUCCCCGUUGUGCCCCAGGGCCACCUCUUCCGCCGCAUCAAGGAUGCCUUCGAGGAGGGCCGUGGUAGCGUGCGUGCUCUGGUCAUCAACGACGGUGGCCGCGAGCUUGUUGUGGACUACAAGGUGAUCCACGCUUCCCGCCUGUAAAUCAUUUGCCCGCUUUUGUUUAGCCGGGACCUGGUUAAGGUUAGUGUACCCGCACCUCUUCCACUGGACCCGGAUCAGGGG